GCCGAGUCACGAAGCCGGUUUUUAUCGGUCGACUUCCCUUCAAUCCAGCCAGUCACGAAUAAUCCACAGCUCCGAUCGGAGCACACAUGUUGCUCGUUUUUAAAGCGUAAAAAACACACGUGAAAAGUACGAAAAUGUGUUCGAUAAGAAAACACAGUGAUUUCAAGUGACUGGAACCAAAAGUGUGUCGCACGUGAUAUCUUUUAAAUUGUCUAAUUAACGAAAUUUAUUAAUAAAAAUUAGGUGAAAUAUAAUAAUGAUGACUUGAAACGAUGAAACGUUUGUUCAAAGGAAAAUUCGAAAAUUAAGAAAAAUUAAUGGAUAGUUGAUGACCGAACUAAUUGAAAAUGACAAGAAGAAGACAUAGAGAAGAUAAACCUUAAUGAGUUAUGGGAAAAUAUACCUAAUUUUCUUAACAACUGAUAUCUGCGUGGGUGUACGUGUCUAACACUAAUACAUAUCCACUUUGCCUCGUAUCUUAUCAUUUGCCCAAUCCCGGCUUCUAUUUAGUCGACACGUCAAGUUUGCAGUCUGCUAUCGGCUCCAAGACGAGUCGAAAGAGAAAAAGAAGCAGAGCGGUGCCCUUUUGUCGCUCGCCAAGAGAAUCCUGAGGAUCGAUAUAAUGUCGCCCAGUGAAGCGGACAGAGGUUGGGCAUGGAUGAUUGUCGUUGCUGUGACAAUCAUUAACUUGGCGAUACUUCCAAUCCAGCAAUGCUUCGGUCUCAUCUUCAGUGAACGCUUCUAUUCCCUCGGUAUCACUGCCACACAGACAUCCCUAAUCUUUCAUUUAAAUGGAACGAUUACAUGUAGCCUGGGCCUGAUAAGUGGUCCUAUGAUGAAGAGAUUUUCGUUUCGAAAAGUAGCAUUAUUCGGGGGCUUAACUGUUGCCGUUGGUAUCGGUAUAACUGCGUUUGCUGUCUCUGUUCCUGCCAUUAUCAUCUCUUAUUGUAUUAUCGUCGGUGCGGGUCAUGGAAUCAUGUUUCCAGCUACCAAUUUAGCUAUGAACACGUAUUUUCGAAAGAAACGUAACAUGGCUAUGGGAUUUUCAGUAACGUUAACUGGUCUGGGGCCUAUUCUAAUGCCUCUUCUAAUAGCAAAAUUAUUAGAACAUUACGCAACUUCUGGAACUCUGUUGAUCCUUGCUGGUAUAGCAAUACACUCGUUCAUUGGAGCAUCGUUAUUGAAGCCAUUCCAUGAGAAAGAAAUUAGAAGUAUAACAAAGGGCAAUGACAUCACGGCAUCUUCCGCAGAAUGCAACGGCAGCAGUACGGCGAAAGGAUCCGAAGAUUUGAAACCUGAAACUGAAACAGAUAGCAAAAAUGGAAAUGUUAAUUGUCGUUUGUUGAACGAAAAUCCAGAAGAGGGAACGCAAAAAUGUAUAGAAUGUUCGUUGAAAAAUUUGAACAACGAUAGUGGGAAAAAAGAAAGGAGGUCGAUUCUGUCUAAAAUGUCUGAACAUUUGGAUCUCGAUCUUCUGAAAGAUAGCCGUUAUGUCGCUGUGAUAUUAGGUAUGGGAAUAUCUUUAGUUGCGGAAACCAACUUCAACGCCAUGAUUCCUUUUGUCCUGAUGGAACUUUCCGGGCUGGAUAGGACCUCUGUCGCGACCGUGAUGUCAAUUCAAGCGAUUUCCGAUAUUACCGGACGACUUUGCGUUCCGCUUUUGGCACAGAAAAUCGGCUGGACGUCCAGGAACCUUUACGUAGUAUCAUUGAUAGGAUCUACCCUUGGAAGGACCAUACUAUCAACCUGGGGCGAUAACUACAUCGUGGUAGUAGGAGUUGCUCUAAUUAUUGGAGUUGCAAAAGGAACGAAAGCAGUCUUCCAAGCUUUGAUCAUUCCUGAUUACGUGCCGCUAGAAAGAUUGCCAUCUGCAUCUGGAAUGCAAAUGGUUUGCAACGGUAUUCUAUCUAUCGCCGUGGGUCCAAUCAUAGGAUUGGUACAUGACUCAAUGAUGAGUUACGUAGGUGCUCUCCACUUCACUUCGGUUUUAAGUCUUUCCUGCGUUAUCUUGUGGUACAUAGGAGGACUUUGGAGGUUUAAUAAGAGCUCAGUGAAUCUUAAUAGCAAAAAUGAAACGGUGCCGGUGCAAGAAGAAGUUGAGAUUAAUGUAUAAAUAAUUAAUUAUAAGAUUUGACUGAAUGUAAGUAGAAUUUUCGUUUAAAAUGAGAAUGUUGAACUUUCAAAAGAGUAUCGAUUAUAUACAACAUAAAACCAAAUAAGGAAUGUUUAUUAAGAAUUUUGUAAUUCCUUUUAUUAUUCGCAAAGUAUCGCAUUGUAAUAUAACAUUGCAUUAAUUAUUAGCUAUCCAUAAGAUAUAACAAAUCAUGAAAAUUAAACAUGUAUAUAUCUAAAAAUUGUUGUUUUUUAUUAUUUAAUAACAUGAUAACAUACUACUUUU